AUUUUAAAUAUAUUUUUUGUGUGUGUGUGCAAUGAAUUUCAAAGACUUGCAAUACUCCAUUAGCAAAUUAACAACUCAAGUUCAGUCACAAGUGGCUCGUAAUAACCCUUUACAGAACCAAGACACGAGAUCUCUCAACUAUUGGUUGUUUCAAGAACGAAAUGAGCUAGCAACAUUAAGAACAAAGGCAUAUCAGCAGCUAGAGACAAACAAGGCCUUUAUGGACUGGGUGAAUGAUGAAUCCGUAAAAUAUGAACAGGAUAAGGAAUAUUGCAUUAAAGAUAUCGGUGAAGCACUUUGUAGUUUAUUUAAUAAGCAAGUAGAAUUAGAACAAUGCUAUGCUGGUAAGUAUAUACAAACAGAGGCUCUUGCUUAUAAACAAUGUUAGAUGAGCAUAGGCUUUAUCGACGUAUCAUCAAGCUCAUUCGACAGAGAGAACAAGAAAGACUGGAUAGGGAGGAAAGAAGAAGGGCGAUCGAGGACAGGAUUAACCACUUAAAAAAGACGAAUUCAAAUUUGGAUAGAAUACAAGAAUUUGAAAAUGAACUUGCUACCAUGCAGUCAAUAGACGAUACCGCGGGUUUCAAAAAGACGAUGCUUAAGGAAGCAUUCUAUUUGAAAUUGAAUGCCUUACAGGAAUAUGCCGAAAAAAUAACACUGCUUGCAAAAUUUGGCAAGGAUUUAGCGGAUGGAUUUGAACAUCCAAGAGAUAGAAUAGAUAUACAGGUCAUGGAAGCGAUGCUAAGUAUAGAUGGCUGGCACUCGGAAAGAAGACCCACAUUGCUAUUAUUUGAUGAAAAUGACGAUAACGAUGAUGCUAUCUCACUAGCAUCGACUGAUAUUGAUGGGCAGCUGCCAGUGUCAUCUGGCUCUAGUGGCGUCAAUCAGAGUAAUACAAAUUGAAUGAGCAAUGAGAAGAAAGUUUUUAUUUACUAUAUUUAUAUGUGCAUUUUUAUGUGGUUAUGAAUGUUUGUAUAAUUGUUUACAUGUAACAAAGAAAUAUGGUGUAGUUUUAAAGGCAAUAUGACAAGAUCAAGUUGC